GCAAAUAUUUUGCGAGACUCGAAACCAUUAUCCUCAAGAAUGACGGGCGUAUUGUAGACGAAAAACAACGGUUCGUUCAUUAUUUUUUUCUUAACCGGUUUCUCGGUUCGUAAUAUUUACUUGAAGGUUCAGUGUGUAAACAAAUAGUGUGUAAAAUAUCAUCUGUUCGUAUUAUCGUGCCAAUAAUAUUUUGUGUAUAUAAAUUGUUCAUGCAUGUAAAUAUAAUUAAAUUAUAUGCACGUAAAUAUAACAUUUGUCGAGACGAUAAUCAAAAUUUUGUAAUUUGUUUUAACACAAUGUCUUUACAUACAUUAAAAAGAAGUACCUUACGGCAAUCGUUCUUAUUAAGAUUGGGAAGGAAGCCUUCGAUACUUAUCAGGACCGAAAGAUUAAAAGGUCGUUAUUUGUUUCGAUCGGCGGUACGACGCGUUAUAGAAUAUAUAGAAUGGAUAACGGAUAUACUAAUAGCCGAAGAAAUUAGCGACGAUGUAACAAUUAAUAUUAAAUUGGCUCAACAGAGACACAAAUUAGAAAAGAAGCUGCUCACAUUAAAGGAUCGAUCUGUGCUGCUAGUGCAUCCGGUUGAAAGAUCCUCCAUGGACAAAGCAUAUAUAUACGAUCUUCUUAAAAAGUUGCACGCAUUCUCGAAACAUUCGGAGGAUUUGAGAAAAAGUCUAGCCGCGGUAUGCGUUUAUCAGUAUUUGCCGGCUGAUCGUGUAAUUGUUCGUCAGGGUCAUAAAGCGAGAAAUCUUUAUUUUAUUGUGAAUGGCGAAGUCAAUCUAUCGAAAAUUGAGAUUGAUGAAUUCACAGGUGACGAGAGAACUAUAGACAUGGGCGUUAUGAAACCAGGGGAUAUGUUUGGCGAAGUUGCAUUAUUCCAUAUGAUACCGAGAUCAUCAACUGUGAUUUCCAAAACAUCAGUCGAUUUGCUUCUGAUUAGUCAGGACGAUUUCGAUAAUAUCUUGCGCGUUGCCUUGACGAAAAAAUGGGACGUUUUGCGCGACGCGUUAGUUCAUUUCAAUUAUUUCAAAACGUGGGAUGAAGAAACGGUACGAGAGUGUUGUAUUCUGAGCAAGCUGAAAGACUUUAAGCCUAACGAGGUUCUGUUAGGCGAUGGAAAAGGUAUGGUGAAUUAUGUGUAUUUUAUUCUAAGUGGCGAAUGUCGCCUUAUCGAACAUAUGCUCGUCCGCGAACGGCCCUCUUAUCACGGAAUACAAUAUGAAUUAUAUGAUUCCGAAACUUCUUUGGGUCCGCAACAUCAACCAAAAGAAGUAUCUAAGAAAAUUGCGAAAUCUAACAAGCUGCCUGAAUUGGAUUACAAUUUUGAACAAAGACCUGCCAACACCCACGACGUUGAUCGGUUAAGUAUUGUUACUACUACACUUUUGGAUGUCGUUAAAGGAUGGCACGAAAUUACUGAUGUCGCAAUGAUGUUAAUGCGAGAACCAUCGGUUACGUCCGAAUUACGUUAUCCGGAUGACAUUCGUACUAUAUUUAUGCAAGUAUGCACUUUUUCUCGAGGUGCAUGUUUUGGUUUAGGAGAGAAUAUGCUUCAUCGGAGAAUCGUAGCGAUUACGCCGGUACGAUGUUUUCUUAUUCCUCGAUAUUGGUUGCUCGAGCACAAUCAUGCUAAUAUCUGGGGACGCGUAAUACGGUUUAUGAACUCAAAAUAUCCAACUAAGAAGCAAUUAUUCAACGAGUUUCUUCUAAAUCGAAAAUGGAUGGCAUAUAAGCAGAAUUUAAUUGAAGAUAUUAUUACACGACGUGGUCGCUAUCGUAGUAGCACAACGAUACAUGACGUGCCGUAUUCUAUCAGAAUUACAGAUGAGAUAGAUCCAAAAAUAUAAUUAUUCAUUUUGCGAUUUUUAUCGAAUCAAUAUGAUUUUAAAUUACACAAACGUAUUGUGUGUUAAGACAGGUUGAUAAAAUAUGAGAAUUAAAAAUAAGGAAAAUAGAAGUAAAUAAUUAUAAUAAAUAAAAUAAAUCAAUAAUGUAACAUAAAUAAAUAAUACGAACUAAUGAGAGCCAACCGCAUCAUAAUAAGCAAAAAUAAAAAAAAACGAAUUGAAGAAAAGAGAUGUUUUUAUCUUAUGUUUUUUUUAUUGGGUACAUCAAUAUAAUAUUAUUGAAACGGACUGAAACGUUUAAGAUAAAGAUAAUUGUUUUGAAUUCUCCAAUUCGUUUUUUUUACUCUUGCUUGUUAUCAUACAAUUGGUUUUUAUUAGUCCAUAUAAUUAAUUUAUAUUAUAUUAAAUAGAUAGUCAACAUAUAUAAUCGACAAAUUAUAUGUACUAUACAUUUGCAAAUUAUGCAAUGAAGUGAUUAAUUACAUGUAUUACUAACAUUUAUGCUAUAAAUGUUAUUGAUGCUAAGGAGUAAAUAUACAUAUAUAAAUAUAUAUGUA